CCGAGUCGGUAUCGGCUCGGCUUUGUUCCUGUUGCGGCUGGCGGGCGCCCGGACGCGACUCCAACGGACUCGGUAUCGCGUGCGACAGGGAUGCGGGGUGCGACGCGUUCGGCAAAACCAGAUGGCGCUGGAGGCCGCAUUCGGGCGAGCGGAUAGGAUAGCCACCAGCUCCCGAGACGCGGUGGAAGGGGAUCUGGCGAGGCGCCGCGGCGGUGAGGACGGCGGGGGCGGACUCGGGCGGAAGCGCGGAAGGUCGGGGCCCUCGGCGGCGGUCCCUGCGGAGGAGGAGAGGAGGGGAGCAGAUCCGGCAGAGGCAGUUCCAUCGUCCCCGCCGUCCGCCGGCUCGGCUACAGCACCAAGGAAGACGUCGGCAGCAACAUGGACGCCGCUUCGCUCGCCGCCCUUGUCUCCAAAAUGCAGGACCACGUCGAACAAAUGGCGGUAGAACUGAAGAACGUCGUGAAAGACAAGUUGAGUACGGAGGGCACCCCCGCCGAUGUGGACCUGAACCGAGCUCUCCUUCAGGUCGAGAACAUUGCCGGGGAACUGGAGAUGCUCGUGUUCCAAGUGGAAGAUGCGCUGCAGACUGGUGAUGGCCGCAAGGAAGUGUCCGAGGCCACCACUUUGCUCGAGGAUGGGUCCGGUUCACAGGAUGUCGACUGCAACGACAUUGUUCCAGUGGAUUGGAGCGGCGAUGAGCUGUUGUGUGGAGAUUCAGCGGACUCUAUGUCAAUAGAAUCCGAUAGGUCGUGGCGUAUGCAGUAAAUUGCUCUAUG